AUGAACUCGGUUUGCUCACACUGUAAGGCAUUAAAAUACAAAAACGAAGCCAAUGGAUUGUGUUGCGCAAAUGGUAAAGUGAAAUUGAUACCAUUGGAUCCACCACCAGAACCAUUGUACUCAUUGGUUUCAGGAAUAGGAACAGAUUCUAUACACUUUUUGACAAAUAUUCAACAAUAUAACAAUUGCUUUCAAAUGACUUCAUUUGGGGCAACAAAUGUAGUUCGGGAAAAUGUUAUGCCAACUUUCAAGAUACAAGGGCAAAUAUAUCACAGAGCAGGUUCACUGUUACCAGUGUCAGAUAGAGACAACAAAUUCCUGCAAAUUUAUUUUAUGGGCAAUUCACCACAAGAAAUUGAUCUGCGUUGUGCACAUAACAAUUUAGUAAAGAGGUCUAUUGUAGAACAAUUACAAACUUUAUUUCAUCAACACAAUCAAUUGAUUAUAUUGUGUAAAACUGCCCUGGAUCUGAUGCCAUCCAAUAAUCACAAAAUUGUAAUCAAAGCUGAUAAAACACCUGCAGGUCAACAUGCAAGACGUUUUAAUGCACCAACAAUUGAUGAAGUUGCUAUCAUUGUAGUUGGAGAAAACUUGGAAUCCCGUGAUAUUGUUUUACAUCGUCGGAAUGAUCGAUUACAACGUUCUGAAACAAACAAAAAAGUCAGCUCAAUGAACUAUUAUUCAUACCGCCUAAUGAUUCGGGAAAAUGAAGACAAUCACAUAUUGAAAUGUCGGCGAUUAUAUCACAAAUAUGUUGUUGACAUGUAUGUUAAAAUCGAAACGGAGAGAUUAACAUUCAUCAGGUUGAAUCAGACCAAACUCCGAUCUGAAGAGUAUAUUCACCUUCGAGAUGCGAUUAAUACUGAUGGAAAUGCACAGAAUGUUGGUCGGAUGAUUAUUCUUCCAGCAACAUACAUCGGAAACCCUCGACAUAUGCACGAAUAUGCUCAAGAUGCCAUGUCGUAUGUUCGUCAUUAUGGUACAGCAGAUUUGUUCAUCACAUUUACAUGCAAUCCGCACCGGAUAGAAAUCAAGCAGGAGUUAUUCCCUGGGCAAUCACCCAUUGAUCGUCAUGACAUUACAGCCAGAGUCUUUAGACAAAAGCCAAAUGAAGUUGAUGCAGUGAUAUCAGCUGAAAUCCCUAAUGUACAAGUAGAUCCUGGAUUGCAUGAGGUAGUUAUCAAAAACAUGAUACAUGGUCCCUGUGGAACUCUUAAUCAAAAUUCACCGUGUAUGAUGGAUGGUAAAUGUUCAAAACGAUAUCCACGGACAUUAAUAUCGGAAACAAUUACUGGUAAUGACGGUUAUCCAUUGUAUUGUCGCAGAUCGACAGCAGACAAUGGAAAAUCAACAAUUGUCAAAUUAAAUCAACAAGAUAUUGAAAUAGAUAAUCGUUGGAUUGUUCCAUAUUCACCAAUUUUAUCAAAGACGUUCAAAGCACACAUAAACGUUGAAUCUUGCCAUUCAGUGAAAUCUAUUAAAUACAUUUGCAAAUAUGUAACCAAAGGGAAUGAUAUGGCUGUGAUUGGAAUUGGUGCAGAGAAUUGCAAUGAUGAAGUUACCCAAUACCAAAUGUGCCGCUAUGUCAGUAGUAAUGAAGCAGUUUGGCGAAUAUUUUCUUUUCCUAUUCAUGAGAGACACCCUUCUGUUGUUCACUUAGCUGUGCAUUUAGAAAAUGGACAAAGAGUGUAUUUUACAGCACAGAACGCAGUACAAAGAGCUGCUCAGCCACCAUCUACUACAUUAACCAGUUUUUUUGAGACAUGCCAAAACGAUGAUUUCGCACAAACAUUGCUAUUUUCUGAAAUGCCAAAAUAUUAUACCUGGAAUCAAUCCUCAAGGAGAUUUAUACGACGGAAACAAGGAAAACCAGUUCCAGGAUAUACAGAUGUAUAUUCCACCGAUGCGAUUGGCCGGAUUUAUUCAGUACAUCCAAGCAAUGAUGAAUGUUUUUACUUACGACUGCUAUUAGUCAAUGUACGUGGCCCAACAUCAUUCCAACAGUUACGAACUGUUGAUGGUGAAUUGUGUGUAUCCUACAGAGAAGCCUGUCAACGUUUGCAAUCGCUUGAAAAUGACGCUCAUUGGGAUCAAACUCUCAAUGAUGCUGUAAUAUCAUCACACGCUCAUCAAAUACGAACAUUGUUUUCUAUAAUCAUAUCUACAUGCUUCCCAUCAAACCCAAUUGAUUUGUGGAUCAAGUACAAAGAUUAUAUGUGUGAUGAUAUUUUGUAUCAAAUACAGAAUAGAAUGGGAAAUCCAAAUAUACAAAUCAGUGAAGAAAUUUACAAUGAAGCAUUGAUUUCAAUUGAGGACAUGUGA